AUGCGAACGGUGGGUCGCAUUCUCUCUCGCCUUCGGCAAGGCCGGCCCCAGUAUUCCCCAUUCAGCUGCUCCAUUUCUGAAAUCCAUUUCACAGACUCCUCGCGCGAGCCGGAGAACCACAAAUUGCAGGAUUACAAGCUUGUCCAUCAGAGCCAGCGAGCAGUUACAACAGCAUUGUGGUGCAACUUCCUUGUUUUUUCUCUUAAAUUUGGGGUGUGGUUAUCGACCUCAAGCCAUGUAAUGCUGGCUGAAGUUGUGCAUUCAGUGGCAGAUUUUGCAAAUCAGGCUCUACUUGCAUAUGGUUUAAGUAGCUCACGCCGUGCCCCAGAUGCUCUUCAUCCAUAUGGUUAUUCCAAGGAGAGAUUUGUCUGGUCUUUGAUUUCUGCUGUUGGUAUAUUUUGUCUUGGUUCUGGUGCUACUGUUGUCAACGGUGUUCAAAAUCUGUGGACUGCUCAGCCCCCUGAAUAUAGAGUAUGCUGCUCUGGUGCUUCCCUUGUUGUUGCUAUCCAUGCUGUCAGAAAAGGCGCUGCUGCUGAAGGAAUGAAAGUGAGCGAUUAUGUGUGGCGUGGUCAUGACCCGACAUCUGUUGCUGUCAUGACUGAGGACGGUGCUGCUGUAACUGGCCUUGCCAUUGCUGGCGCAUCAUUGGUGGCUGUAAAUGCCACAGGAAAUGCAAUUUAUGAUCCUAUUGGUUCGAUUAUUGUUGGAAACCUUUUGGGAAUGGUAGCAAUAUUUUUGAUUCAGAGGAAUCGUCAUGCUUUGAUUGGUAGGGCAAUUGACAAUCAUGAUAUGGAAAGAGUUCUCCGAUUUCUGAAAAACGAUCCAGUUGUGGAUGCUGUAUAUGAUUGCAAAAGCGAGGUGAUUGGACCAGGAUUUUUUAGAUUCAAGGGUGAAAUAGACUUCAAUGGUGUAGUAUUGGUGCAAAACUAUCUAAAGAGAACCGGACGCGAGGAGUGGGCUAAACAGUUUCGGGAGGCUGCCAAAGCCAAGGACGAUACUGCAUUGCUCAAGAUCAUGUCAAACUAUGGCGAAGAGGUUGUCACGGCUCUUGGGAGUGAAGUCGAUCGGCUUGAAAAAGAGAUUCAAGAAAUUGUCCCGGGUAUUAGGCACUUGGUUAUCGAAGCCCACAAUCCUGUAGUCCCAUCAGCGUAAAUCAUUACAAGUAUCGAUUUCUAUUAUUUUCAAUUCCAAGAAUGUAGUCUCGUGGAAUUCCUUUACUUGGGGUAAGCCGGAUUUGAAUUCCGAUCGACAUAAUGUGAAUAGUGAGGCGGGUUUCGUGUUCGUCGGAAUGUAAUGGAC